AUGCGUUCCUGGAAUGACGGGGAUACGAGCUCAGAGGAUGAGUGCGACAUCACAAGCAUGGACAUGGCUCUUUGGGAGACCCCUGACACCACCGUGGAGCCUCUUUUCUAUGGCCAGCUGGAGCUUUCUGAACCCACCUGCAUGAUGCACCACAUGAGGCCAAUUAAGUGUGUGGCAUUUGAAGGAACCUUAACUAGAAGGCGUUUCUAUGGUUGUCCAGUGCUGCAGAGUGAAGGUGUUAACUCUGGUGUUACUGAGUGGGUUGACAAGCCCUGGCAUCCAAUUCUUCAGAAUUGCUUGUCCAGGCUGUGGGACAUGUACCAUGAACAAAAUUGUGGCAGGGUAGUUGAUAAGCAGAAGUAUGAGAAGCAUUUGGUCAAGCUUAAGACUGAAAAUGACAAGCUGUGCAUUGAGUACACAAAGCUUGUCCAAGAUGUAUCCAAGAUGUUUGAUUGGCAGGAUGGUAGGGUAGACCACAUGGAUUACUAG